UCCGAGCUGUCUCUAUUUUCCAACAGACUUCGUCACCCGAUGUAAAACACGUGCCAUCCAAUCCAUGCUCUCCUCCUAUUCUGGCAUCGAGUUAAUUGAUUAGGGAAACGCUGUUUCGGUCGACAGCUUCCGAGGUUCCCUCUGCGUUUUACCCCCUAAUGUGUUGGAAUUGGAUUUACACAUUUAGCUGAUUUAUUAGCCUACGCAUGAUUUAAUUCAGAAGCCUUUCAUCCUAAAUCGUGUUUCCUCUUAUCCCGGUGAAAAGGGGAGUUUAUGAUGACUGCAUUGUUGUGGUGGGUGCUGUUCUAGAGAGACGGGAUGCAAGGCUGAUGCCUGACGGACGCGUCCGCUCACUGUUUUCUCACUGGGAAUGUAACAAGACAGUCUCAUACAGUCUCCGCUAUUUCACAUGAUGCAACUGCAUGAUCUUUACUAAAACUGCCAGAGCAGGCAAUUUUUUUAAAGGUUUGUACAAGUGGGAGCCGGUGGGAAGGAACGCAGCGUGUUAUAUGGGCCGAUAACUAGCAGCAUCUCCCGAGAAACAGCGUUUGUUGUAUUGCAAUUGCAUAUGAUUGAACCGCUCCUGACACCAUAUACAUUCAGUCCUUACUGUGGUUUUGCUGGGAUUUUUUUUUCUUCCAAGGCUGGAAGAGAGACACACUAACUUGUGCUGCGGAAAUCGGUCCUGAAGUAUAUGGGAGAGGAGGUAUUGGCAUCUAUCUAUGCGCGUAAAUGUGGGACUAUAUUGUACAUAUGUUUGAGUUAUCACAUGGGACAGUCUGAAGGGAAAUUGAGCGCGAAAAAGUAGAGUUCCUCGGCAGAUAAUCCGAAGAAUGUACGGGUAGCCUAGAUAGAUGGUGUUAUUUUGUUGGGGGUUCAGUGACGCACAAUUUCAUACCGCCUGGAUGAGGAACAUAGAAAUCCAUGUGUAGAAGGGCGUGAACUCACAGACGGUACCCUCCAUCCUUCCCUAGUCUUAAUAGCAUUCCCUCCUCUUCUAGUACUUUCCCCUUCUUCCACUUCACACUGAUACCAUAUAGCCUCGUCAUGGAUCUCAAAGCGGAGUCGGAAGAGACGGUGGACUCCUUCAAGCGACCUGUGUCUAUCGAAGUUUUCGCCAGCAGGUCCACACUGCACGGCAUCUCGCACAUGUUCACCUAUGAACGGAUGUGCAUCAAGCGGUGCCUGUGGAUCUUGUUCUUCCUGGCUUCUCUGGGGUUCCUGGUGUUGGUGUGUGUGGACCGGGUUCAAUUCUACUUCCAGUACCCGUACGUUACCAAGCUGGAUGAGAUGGCGACCCCACUAAUGAUAUUCCCCACUGUCACCUUCUGCAACCUGAACUCCUUUCGCUUCGGCAGGGUGACGCGCAACGAUCUGUACCAUGCAGGGGAGCUUUUGGCACUACUCAACGGAAGGUAUGAGAUCAGAGACACUCACAUGGUUGAGGAGAGCGUUCUGGAGACCCUGAAGAUCAAAGCUGACUUCCUCAACUUCAAGCCCCGCCCCUUUAACAUGCGAGAGUUCUACGACCGGACGGGCCAUGACAUCAAGGACAUGCUGCUGUCAUGCUACUACCGCGGGGGGGAGUGCAGCGCUGAGGACUUCACUGUGAUCUUCACCCGUUAUGGGAAAUGCUACACGUUCAACUCUGGCCAAGAUAACCGCCCGCUGCUGGUGACCAUGAAGGGAGGGAUGGGAAACGGACUGGAGCUGAUGCUUGAUAUUCAACAAGACGAAUACCUGCCAGUCUGGGGAGAAACAGAUGAGACGUCGUUCGAGGCGGGCAUCAAGGUCCAGAUCCACACCCAGGACGAGCCACCCUUCAUUGACCAGCUGGGCUUUGGAGUGGCACCAGGCUUCCAGACCUUCGUAUCUUGUCAGGAACAACGGCUGACGUACCUGCCUCCUCCAUGGGGGGAUUGCAAGUCCACUCCCAUGGACUCUGACUUCUUCAGCUCCUAUAGCCUCACGGCCUGCCGUAUCGACUGUGAGACACGCUACCUGGUGGAGAACUGUAACUGCCGCAUGGUGCACAUGCCUGGAGAUGCCCCUUACUGCACCCCAGAGCAGUACAAGGAGUGUGCCGACCCCGCCUUGGACUUCCUGGUGGAGAGGGAUAAUGACUACUGUGUGUGUGAGACACCCUGCAGCAUGACGCGCUUUGGAAAGGAGAUGUCCUUCGUCAAGAUCCCCAGUAAGGCCUCGGCCAAGUACCUGGCCAAGAAGUACAACAAGACAGAGCAGUACAUCGCUGAUAACAUCCUGGUUCUGGAUGUCUUCUUUGAGGCUCUGAACUACGAGACCAUCGAGCAGACGAAAGCUUACGAGUUUGCUGGGUUGCUUGGUGAUAUUGGUGGUCAGAUGGGUCUCUUCAUAGGUGCCAGUAUCCUCACCAUCCUAGAACUCUUUGACUACCUAUAUGAGGUGAUCAAGUACAAGCUGUGUCGGUGCUCAAAUAAGAAACACAAACGCAGCAACAGCAACGACCGGGGAACAGUUCUGAGUCUGGACGACGUCAAACGCCAUGCGCCCUGUGAGAACCUGCGCACGCCGGGUGCGUAUCCUGCCAACAUGUUACCUCACCAUCCAGCGCAGGGCAACUUCGAAGACUUCACGUGCUGAGCCAUUCAGGAGAAAGCAGGAAGUACCUGAGCCAAUCAGGACAGGAGGAAGAAGGAGGAAGAACCUGGCUGGCAGAAUGCAACCAAAGUCAACCAUACAACAAGAAUAUCUGACGUGAACGGAUUCUCAAUAUGGAAACUUUUCUUACUCUCUGAGAGGAGGGGGAAAAUAUCAACAAUCACAUCAAGUGGAGAAGAAGAAGAUUAUUCCAAACAUAUAUAUAUCUGUAAAAGUUCCGGAUUUUUUUUUGGAAUUUGCAAUCCUAUAAGUAAAUCCUGAAUGUUCUAUCUCUAUGUUUGGAAUAGAACCAGGAAACAAAGACUCUACUCUUCAAGAACACAUUGCAAAUAUGGACUUCUCACUCUAAAACAGAGAUAUAUGGGAAAUGCAUCUAACUACUGUACAGACACAACACUGUACAGACAACAUCAACAGAGCCCCAUGCCUUUACUGUCAGUCGCUGAUGGCUGGCCUAUUAGGAUAGUAGUAUGGUUGGGAUCAAUUCCAUUUCAAUUUAGACAAUUCCAUUCCUGAAUUGACUGAAUUGGAAUGGAAUUGACCCCAACCCUGGUCAGUAGAGGAAUGUAGUUCUUCACUGAACUUCACUAUAGAUGUAGCACCAUAACUGCUGUGAUGCUUCAUAGGGGCUUCGUAGGGGCUUCAUAAGUGCUUCAUAGGGGCUUCGUAGGGGCUUCAUAGGGGUGCAGUUCUAGUGGAAGUCUCUCUGUCUGUCUUGAGAAUGUAGCCAUCUCCACAAUGGGUUACAUCAACAACAAUCAAGAUGAGUAGUGGAAGCAUUUAGGGAGAGGAUGGUAGAGAGUUCUACCAUUUAGUAAAAACGUAUGGUGAACUUUUCAGGUCUCAUCUUGUAAAUGCAUGCUUGUAUGUCGUCCUGCAUGUAUUACGUUUUUUUUUAUUUGUAUUAUUGCUGCCAAGUUUGCCUCGAUGAUACAGGUAAAGGAAGAUGACGCUCCCCUCCUAUUAUCGUGUAUGUGCGUGUGUGUGCAUGUGUGUGUGCGUGUGCGUGCGUGUGCGUGUGCGUGCGUGUGCGUGCGUGUGUGUGUGUGUGUGUGUGUGUGUGUGUAAUGAAAUGUGUUGGUUUGUGUGACCAGCCUGGUUGAAUCCACCAGCUAGCUGAACCACAUUCCAACAACACGCCUUUUUUUCAUUCAUCCAUGUUGUGAAUGUGUGCUCUAUCCCAUAAUCCCAAAUCAUCCCCUAGCGACACGUGUUAUUCCAGCCUAUUCAUUUAGCGUGGGGAGUUUUCCAGAAAUCAGUUAAUUUCGGUUUUUCCUUGUAAUUCUGUGAGGGUUUUGAAAUGUUCUGUAUCUGUGUUCUAGUCGCAAAAAUAUGUCAUUAUCAAAGCACAAUUACACCGAUAUGUAGAGGUGAUGAUGUAAAAGUAGAUUACAUUUUAUGGAUAUUCUCAUAUUAUCAAUGUUUUUGUUAUUACUGUAUAGCCUUUUCGGUUUUGUUUUCUUUACUACAGAAUAGGGUUGCAAAAUUGCACUAACUUUCCCAACAUUGCCAGGUUUUUCAGAAAUCCCAGGAAUCAGGAGGGAAUCUUCCGGCUGGAAAUCCUCCGACCGGGAUUUCUGGAAGACCUGGGAAUUUUGGGAAAGUUACCGGAAUUUUGUAACCGUACUACAUAAAACAUACAUAUUGCCUGAUAGUCCAGUCUCCAUCUAUCCAGGUUACAGGCUGUUCUAUUUAUCUAACAAAGCAAAUUAUAAUAAAAUUUUAAUAUCAUUUUGAACAUG